AGCGCGAGCUGCUGCAUCAACUGUCUCGAGAGUUGUGAAGUGAGACAUCUACCAGGAGUCAGCAGAACAUGUGUUGAAGUAGUCAGCAGCUAGUAUGCGAAGUUUAAAUAAGUUCUAACUGGAUUUGACAACAUUGGUCGAUAGUGAGCGGGAAUCCUGAUUCACCUGAAAAACCCGGGAGCAUAAAAGAUUUACAGGACUUUUUACAAGGAGAUUGCCUACAUUAAUCGCCUGCAAGAGGAUAACUACGCCACAGAUACAGAUCAGGUCCAAUCAGGGCUAGCGCACACAGGGACACACAUGGCCUUGUAAGCUGUGACUGUAAACCGUACUAUCAAGGAAAUUCCUCGGCCCUCCAGGGUCCCCUCCGUGGGUUCUCUAUCUGGCGGUUUGUACAGCUGCACAAGCUUCUGUUUCUACAACACGCACACUAAACGCACACAGAGCACACUCUGUAUGGACAUGUUGUCUUAGUCUCUCAAGAGUUCACUGGAAGCUGAAGUAAUCAUUUGCCCCCAGUACGUGUCUAUGACCAUGAUGGCACAUUGACCUUGAAAAGGAAGCUUGGGACUGUUGUGUAGCAUGACCUGAAGCAGAUCGCUCUCUAAUCAUCUAAAGCUGCAGCAAAACAAAGCACAAACGCUCCAGGGAGACGCCAUGGCUACUGAAGAAAAUCCGACACAGGUCGGGGCUGUAGUCCUGGCUCCGCGUGCUUCACCUCCAUCCACUGGGAGUAGACCCAGCAGAGGAGCCAGACACGCAAAUGACAGCCAAGAAGUAUGGCGAUACUCUGAACAAUUGUGGCAGUCGAAACAGCGGAGCAGCCCUUCACUCCUCUUAUAUAGGAAGUUGUCGUGUGACAGUGGAAAAGGGACAAUUUUGGACGAGGAAUACGAGUGUUUGGAUUACAGCUCAAAACUCUCGAGUACCGAAGAAAAACUUUAUCCAGAGCUGUCGGCUGGCAGGAGAAUUGAAGGAAUAACUAACACUGUUCCUCCAAUACCUGGGAAAUGUUCAGAGGGAUCUCCGUGCCAGCUGGACACCCCUGGAGAGGGUGUGGAUGCAGGCAGAUACAGAACUGGCAGCACCCACUGCUCCUGCACCCUGUCAAGCCUUUACAUGGGUCCAAAAAUCUAUUGUUGCCACAGCCCCAGAUCCAGUCCAAGCCCCAGCUCUAGCCCUGUUCACAGUCCUCGCCUCUGCCCCAGCCCCUCUCAGCACAACCAUCGACACAUCCGUCGCAGCAGCCUGCCUGUGUCUAUGCUGGCUUUCCACAAGACAUUACCCUGCCUCUCAACUCAGUGCAGUCCAUCCAGUGAACCGAGCUCUUUGGUGUCAUCUCCCUGUAGUUCCCCCCCUGCCAACCACCGCCAGCGUCGCCAGAAUGGACACAUUCACCGGCAUCAUCUCAAAGAUGGCUACUCGAGUUUAGAGAGGCUCAACAGAAGGCCCAGGGUUAACAAAUGCUCCCUGGAGGAAUUAUUUCUAAGACGAGCAUCUCUAGAAACCACAAGGAGAACCACAAGGACAGCCCUAAGGAAGGAUGAGAGGUCCUCCUCAGGAGUGACCGGGAACUGUGACGGCGGUGGUAGCGGUGGCAGCAGCAGCAGUGAGGAGGGGGAUGGAGAGGGUCUCUUGGAUAACACAGAGUUUAUUAGAAACCGUAAAGAGCGUUCUACUGUCCUGGUGAGGCGCUUCUUCAAGAAUAAUCAGAAGAUGACCAAGUCAGUGUGUACUGGAACCAGAGCGAUUGUCAAGACGCUGCCAUCAGGACGUAUCUCAGAGGAGGUCUGGGACGUGGUGGUUAAUCGCAGGCUAUGGCCACCCAGCAAGAAGAAUAUGUGGCCAAUCGUAAUGCGUGUUAUGGGAGAAGAAUUCAGAGUCUGCAAGGAGAUGCUACAUUUUGUUGGAGUUAAGCUACAGCAGGUUAACAACUAUGUGCAGGACAGAGAGGAACUCAACCUGAUUUAUUUCGCCAAAAAGCUCCUGCCGUCUUGCCCUGGAUGUGUGUGUCUCAGAGAGUCUCGCUGGCCAUCGCACACCGACGGCACCAGCCCAGCCAGACCGGACCUGAUCCCCUUCCAUUGUCCUCCUUUUCAUCCAUUUAGGUUUUUUGCUUGUGGCCAGAGGACGUCGGUGUGUUCCCUGCUGACCGGAGCCCUACUAGAGGCCACGGCAGCUCUCGGUGCCCGCUCCGCUCUGCCCUACCCUUUGCCCCAGGGCCCCAACAGCCACGCCGUGCUGAAAGAGCGUCAGCUGGCCAACAGUAUGACCAGCAGCGGCUCUCUUCCUCCCAGUGUCAGUGGGAUCAGUAAGGAGCUGGUGGAGGUGCGCCACCUUGUUCAGUUCCCCGAGGAGAUUGCCUGCAUCCUAACCGAGCAAGAGCAGCAGCUUUACCAACGGGUCUUUCCCCUGGACUACCUCUGUUUCCUCACUCGAGACCUGGGCAGUCCCGAGUGUCAAACCAAACGGCACCCAAACCUCAAGGCUUCACUUUCAGUGCCUGCCAUGCCUACCCAGAGUGCUCAGCGAAGUAACGCUGUGGAGGACCUGGUGGCGCGCUUCAAUGAGGUGAGUUCGUGGGUGACGUGGCUUAUCCUGACAGCAGGGUCCAUGGAGGAGAAGAGAGAAGUUUUCUCCUAUCUUGUCCAUGUCGCUAAAUGCUGUUGGAACAUGGGAAACUACAACGGUGUCAUGGAGUUCCUGGCUGGACUCAGGUGUUAUGGCACACACAGACAGUCCCGCAAGGUGCUAAAGAUGUGGCAGUUUAUGGACCAGUCAGACAUCGAGACCAUGAGAAGCCUAAAGGACGCCAUGGCUCAGCACGAAUCUUCUUCUGAGUACAAGAAGGUUGUGACAAGAGCUCUCAAUAUCCCAGGAUGCAAGGUGGUGCCAUUCUGUGGGGUUUUUCUGAAGGAGCUGAGUGACGCCUUGGAUGGAACAGCAAGCAUCAUCAGCCUCAAACCACCUCUAGAUAAUACAGAGGACUCAAUAGAGUUUGUGUCUGACUACAGCGGCCAGCACAACUUCAUGUCACGGUCUGGUCCAGAUGGACUACAUGUCCCAGAGAAAGAAGCCACUGUCAGCAACAUCCUCCAGAUUAUCAGAUCUUGUAAUCGUAGUUUGGAGGCAGAGGAUCCUGAUGAGGCGUCCACUAGUCCCUCUUCUACUGGUCCAUCCCCUGUGUCCAGAAACAACUCUUUCAGGGACCGCUGCCGCAAUCAUUCCCAUUCGUUUAGGACACCGCCAGAAUCAAACCAUGUCUUAUUUACGGUGGGGGACUUGUCGGAUUUAGAGGGCGACUUGUUGUCUGAGCCGGUGGUGAAAGAGGUUGAGUUUCAGGGGACGGAGGAGACGCACAGAGCUUUCAGCCAUGGCACUGAGCUCAUUCCCUGGUAUGUGUUGUCGUUACAACCAGACGUUCACCAGUUUCUGCUGCAAGGGGCUACAGUCAUCCACUACGACCAGGACAGCCACCUCACAGCUCGCUGUCUGCUGCGACUACAACCUGACAACACAACACUCACCUGGGGUAAGCCUCAGAGCGGAGGGGCUGCCCUUACAGAGCAGCCACUGGGAUUAGGACAGACUGUAUUGGCAGGACUAGCAGAGGGCCUGUUGGACCUCGGAGUGGUGAAGGCAGUGUUCCUGGGUCAUCAGGGAGUGGACGUUCAUGCUGUAUGUUUGCAGAACAAGCUGAGCCAGAUGACAGUGGAGGAAAAUGGUCUCAGCCUCCUAUAUGGUCUCAGUACCACCGACAACAGACUCCUGCACUUUGUGGCCCCCAACCACACGGCACAGAUGCUUCAUAAAGGCCUGUCAGAGUUGGUGAAUGCAACCAGAAAAUUAAAGAAGUUUCCUGACCAAAGGUUGCAGUGGCUGAGAAAGCAGUAUGUCAGUUUGUAUCAGGAGGAUGGCAGGUAUGAAGGCCCUACACUUGCUCAUGCCAUUGAGCUGUUUGGUGGGCGGAGGUGGAACAUGGGUACAGGUGGAGUGGAGAAAUCUGCUGCCCAGAAAAACAGCCCUCUGAGCAUCAAUGAUAAGAACAAGAAGAAGAAGAAGGUCCUCGUCAGGGGAGACAGUGGGGAUGCCACAGAUGACGAGAUGGUUUCCAGGAAAACAAGGAGCUGUAAGGAGGGACUGUAUCGAAACGGCCCGGAGUCUGACAGCAUCGACCAAGAAGAUCCAGAGGACAGCUUCCCUGGACCAUUUUCCCUCUCAUCCAGUAAAAGUCCUGGAUUGCUAGCAUCUUCCUCCUCCUCCUCCUCCUCCUCCAGCAUGGCGGGGUCCAACCAUUCCCGCCCGCAAUCCUCUCCGAUCCUCUCAGGAACUGCCAAGUCACAGCCAGGGGCAUGGAGCAGCAGGUCGUGGCACGGUCGAGGUAAAGGCUGUUUCAAAGGCUUCCAGAAUCUCAUGAUUUCUGACAGCUCGAUGAGCUUCAUCGAGUUCGUCGAGCUCUUCAAGUCAUUCAGUAUCCGAAGCAGGAAGGACCUGAAGGAGUUGUUUGACACAUUUGCUGUCCCCUGCAGUCGUUCAAGUCCAGAGUCUGCUCCUCUCUUCACCAACCUCAGCAUAGACGAUAAAGACACUGGGCUACAGCCAGACCUCGACUUAUUAACCCGCAAUGGUUCUGAUCUUGGCCUGUUCAUCCGGACGAGGCAGCAGAUGUCUGACAACCAGAGGCAGAUCUCAGAUGCCAUUGCAGCAGCCAGCAUCGUGACAAACGGGACAGGAGUGGAAAACUCAUCACUAGGCGUCUUGGGAUUGGCUAUUCCUCAGCUCAACGACUUCCUAGUGAACUGUCAGAGAGAGCACCUGAGUUACGAUGAUAUUCUCAGCAUUAUACAGAAAUUUGAGCCCUCAUCAAGCAUGAGACAGAUGGGUUGGAUGUCAUUUGAAGGCUUUGCAAGGUUUCUGAUGGAUAAGGAGAACUUUGCUUCUCGUAAUGAGGAAUCCCAGAUGAACCCGGAGGAGCUGCAGUACCCUCUGUCCUACUACUACAUUGAGUCUUCUCACAAUACCUAUCUGACUGGACACCAGCUCAAAGGAGAGUCCUCUGUUGAGCUCUACAGUCAAGUGCUGCUGCAAGGCUGUAGGAGCGUUGAGUUGGACUGCUGGGAUGGAGAUGAUGGCAUGCCAGUUAUUUAUCAUGGACACACGCUUACCACUAAAAUACCCUUCAAGGAUGUGGUGGAAGCAGUAAACCGGUCUGCAUUUGUCAAUUCGGACAUGCCCGUCAUCCUGUCCAUAGAGAACCACUGCUCCCUUCCACAGCAGCGCAAGAUGGCUGAAAUCUUCAAGACAGUGUUUGGGGAACGGCUCGUGACUCGCUUCCUCUUUGAAAGUGACUUUAGCGAUGACCCUCACCUGCCAUCGCCACUGCAGCUGCGGGGGAAGAUCCUCCUCAAGAACAAGAAGCUCAAAGCACACCAGGCACCGGUGGACAUACUCAAACAGAAGGCUCACCAGCUGGCCCACAUGCAGGCCCAGGCUAGCAAUGGGUCACCAGGGGUUACUUCGCCGGGAAACCACACCAAUGAGGAAGAGGAAGAGGAAGAAGACGAGUACGACUACGACUAUGAGUCUCUAUCAGAUGCUGAUGUCCUCACAGCCUCUACUGCCUCAUAUGGCCUGGAAGAUAACAUCUUGGAUGACAAGCCAGAGGGGAAGAGCUCAGCAGACAAAGAAGACCAACCCGUUGAUGAAAUACCGAAGAGGAUGAAGAAGUCUGAUAGCACCACACAGAGCAAAGGAAAGGUGUUUGACAUGGAGCUGGGCGAGGAGUUCUACCUUCCUCAGAACAAGAAGGAGAGUCGACAGAUUGCCCAGGAGCUGUCUGACCUCAUCAUCUACUGCCAGGCUGUGAAAUUUCCUGGCCUGUCCACGCUGUCUCCAGCCGGCUCUGGCAGAGGGAAGGACCGGGGAAAAUCAAGGAAGUCCAUAUUUGGCACAGCUCCCGCUCGCUGCAGCACAACAGGAGAGGUCGUGACCCAGAGCCGCACCCCUUUGAAAGGUGGUGCAGAGCGGCAUAGCUGGGAGGAGCAGCAGACGUCUCCCAUCCUCAACCCCCCCACCUCUCUCAGCGCCAUCAUCCGCACACCCAAGUGCUACCACAUCUCCUCCGUCAACGAGAACGCUGCCAAGCGCCUGUGCCGGCGUUACUCUCAGAAGCUGAUCCAGCACACCGUGUGCCAGCUGCUCAGGACAUACCCAGCAGCCACCAGGAUCGACUCGACAAACCCCAACCCUCUGCUUUUCUGGCUGCACGGUAUCCAGCUGGUGGCACUCAACUAUCAGACUGAUGACUUGCCCAUGCAGUUAAACACAGCUUUGUUUGAGGCCAAUGGCGGCUGUGGCUACGUCCUGAAGCCGGCGGUACUGUGGGACCGUACCUGUCCGCUCUAUAAGCAGUUCUGUCCGAUGGAGAGGGAUGUGGAGAAAAUGAGCCCCGCUGUCUAUUCCCUCACUAUUGUCUCCGGUCAGAACGUUUGUCCCGGUAACACCGCUGGCAGCCCCUGCAUUGAGGUGGAUGUUCUGGGCAUGUCCAUCGACAGCUGCCACUUCCGCACCAAACCCAUCCACCGCAACACCCUCAACCCCAUGUGGAGUGAGCACUUCCAGUUCACCGUGCACUUUGAAGAGAUGUGCUUCCUGCGCUUCGCCGUAGUGGAGAAUAACAGUUCCCAGACUACCGCUCAGAGGACACUGCCUCUGAAGGCCUUAAAGCCAGGUUACAGACAUGUCCAGUUGAGGACACAACAUAAUGAAUCUCUCGAAGUGUCAAGCCUGUUUAUCUUCAGCCGCAGAAUAGAGGACGGUCCCACAGGGGGCGCCACUCCCUCAUCGCUGCUGUUCAGUUCAGAGGAGAAACGUGCCUCACGGCAGCACAGGGUGACGGUGUACGCAGCGCCUGGUCCUGAGCUCUUCACUGUGUUCUGUGUUACAGAGCAGACGACCGCCAAACAGCUGCUGGACACGGUUGUAGCAUCUACAGGAAACCCGGCACAGUACUUCCUGUGCGAGGAAAAGGUUCCUCUGUUGAAGGAGCGCAGCGAGGUGAAGCGCUGUGCUCAGCAUCGUCCUCUUGCGCCCGAGGAGGAGGUGGUCAGACUGGUCUCCAGCUGGAACUCUGAGGAGGGAUACGUGGGGAGGAUCUGCCUCCAAACACGAGAGGAGAACUUAAAUGAGAAGAACUCGUUGCUGGAGGGAGAGGAGGAGGUGACUGUGGGAGGUAGAGAAGGAGCAGGAGGAGGAGGAGGAGGGGGAGGAGGAGGAGGAGCAGAGGACGAUAUGUUCUUCGUCCAGGUCCAUGAAGUUUCACCAGAACAGCCUCACACUGUGAUCAAGGCCCCGCGCUACAGCACUGCUCAGGACAUCAUACAGCAGACAUUGUCAAAGGCCAAGUAUUCCUGCAGUAUCCUAUCUAAUCCCAAUCCAUGUGACUACGUCCUAAUGGAGGAAGUGACCAAAGACGCCGGCUCGAAGAAGUCCUCCACCGCUAAGCCCCUGCAGCGGCUACUGCUGGAUCACGAGUGUGUCUACCAAGCUCAGAGCCGCUGGCGCGGCGCGGGAAAGUUCAUUCUUAAACUCAAAGAGCAGGUGGUGCGGGAAGACAAAAAGAAAGUCAUUUCCUUUGCCAGCGAGCUUAAGAAGCUGACCAGCCGCAGCCGCAGCAUGACGACUGGCGGUGGAGUGGACGGUCCUGCCCAAAGGUAUCUGUCUGCAGGGCUGAAGGCGUGGGUGGCAGAGGGCAGAGUGGGGGCAGGAAGGUUCCUUCAGGCCUCCUCCUCCUCCUUUAGGGGGCAACUCGAACCUGUCCACCUGCCCACUUCCUCUCUGACCCCUCCAGCCUGGACGCUUCACCUCCUCAGGAACUGGAAGAUCCACAAAUGAAGUCAAGAGGGAGAGACUUGGGUUAACAACUUCUAAACUUGGAGGAUUCUCCUUUCCAAAAAAAAGGCGAGGUGUUUCAGCGAGGGUCGGAUCUGCUCCUCUAAAUCCUGUCUGAUCCUGCCUUGUGUUAGUUGAGCCAGUGGAGGAGAAGAUUCAAUGGGUUCGGUGACAGAUCAGCCCCUUUGCUUGGUCAGAAAUCCCACCCAGCAUCACUUGGAGCAGUGAUGGUCCUGUGGGGGCCGGUAGCUCUGGCUCUUCUUGGUUUAUUGGUUGUGGUGUGGCUCCACGGAGAGUCCGGAGUACCAGAGGCAGCUGCUGUUAUUGAAGUCAUCAGGUAUGUGAUCAGGGACAUACAGUAUUCCUUCUUCGACCAAUAAAAAGGAGCACUUUCCUGAGUCCCAUUUAAAGGAUGAAGAGGUAUGGGUGUCAGUUUUUUAUUUUUUUAUUUAAAUCUCCCAAAAAUGACACAAAAGAUAAGGAGAAAUUACGUGCAAAUGGCCUCUGGAUCGAAUGAGUUUAGCGAACCACAUUUAAAAGAGUUAUUUAAGCGUCCUAGCACGGGAUAGUUUGCUAUUGGAUAACUGUAUCAUGUAUUUGGUUCGAAGUGAAGUAUUCCCACUUUCUGGUAUCACACAAAGGAAGCACAGAGCAGACCGAGGGAGAUCUGCUUGUAAAAAUAGAAGGAGAGUAUGAGUGCUGUUGAGGUUACACAGUAUUCUUCUCUUUCUCAGGUAUGGGCUCUUUCUUUUCUGAGGGCAUUGUGAACGAGGCUGACAAGCUGGCUUGUUUGGUUCUUUUCUUACUGUUUCAGUUUCACAGUACUGUAAGGGAACAUUUUGGGCAUCACUCACAGGAAGACAAAUAUUCAGAUAUUCUGUAACAAAAGCAAUGCUUUAGGUGAUUUUUUUUGGACACUACUGUCGCUGCCCUAAAGGUAACGAUGCAUGAACAGUGUUUUAAGGCAGUGUAGCUGUGCAAGAUUAACUUGUUGAGGGGCAAAUGUGAAACAACUUCUUAUCGCUGUGGUGAUAAAGGUAUUACCCUUUUAUGUUGCCUUAAAGUGUUGCAGCACUGCCUUUAACUUUUGGUAAUUUUGUAGCUGUAUCUCUGAAGGACGAUCUGUGGCUCGUUUCACAGAGUAUUUUAAUUAUGUCAUCAUUGUCCACUAAUAAGUAUGUUGACAGGCAUCUUGUCAUGCCAACCAAAUAAAUAAAUGUAUACAUUAUUUCAAAUAAAAAUGAUAUAUUUGUUAUAAUUUUCAUUGAGGAAUGCUACUUGUAAUUGGGGCAGGGUUUGAAAUCUAAACACACAUGGCCGUACAAGAAAUUUACCAAAAUAAAAUAAUGUCUAACAUUGUUUAAAUUAUGAUUUAAAUUCAGAAUGAUCUAAUAGAAUAGGUAAUUAUUUGACCAGACAUUCGAUUCUAGGUUUCGGUCCUGAAAGUAUUGAGACUCUUUACACAGUCCUAAUGCUAAUAGUGCUAAAUUGACAAACACGUUACACACAAUGUGACAAGGACUUAAGGAGGAAUAAAAUGAUAAAACUAAUAAUAUUUCCUCCUUUCAUUGAAUAGAAAAAUGAUGAUGUUGGCACUAAGAUGCUUUGGAGAAACAGCCAAGUCUUCUUCAGACCAGCAUUUUGCACAUUUUGCUUUUCCUUUUGCUGUCAUCUUCAUCUUCGUUUUUGUGUUACUGUCUGACUUGAUUGUUAUGAGAUGGUCGAAAUUUUUUAUUAUGAUCAUCAUAUUUAUUACUUUUAACAGCAGCCCAGUAGUGAAUUCAGUUUUAAGGAAAACACAAGAUAAAUGUUUGGAUUGUUUUUACUCUUUGUCAAACUGUAAUCAGCAUAUAGUCCCAGUCCAAAAUGUGAAAUUCCCCAACCAAAAACAUUACCUAGCGACAGAAUUAACUGCAUUUAACUUUAGUUUUUUUUUACCUAGAUUUACUGGCCUUAUAUUUUGAAUGCAGUAUCUUUAUAGUUGACUAGUAUUGAUUGAUUGUCAAAAAUGACUGUGGGCUUUUCUUUAUUUCUGCUUACUGCUCAUUUAAUUUUCUUAGAGAAUUUACUAAAAUUUGAUUGAUUUGAGGCCACUGUUCCCCUUCUUUCUGUUUUGAUGUGUAACAUUUCAAGAUUCUUUUUUUUUCUCUUUAGAACAUAGUUGUUUUUUGGGCAUUUCACUUAUUAAUUCGUAGAUCUUGCCUAUAUUGUAGUAAAGCAGAUCCUCGAGGAACCAUUUUUAAAUCUAAACUAAAAUGGUUUAUGUCAGUUGGUCAUGAUUGGUGAAAUCAAGACAAGAAAGGACCUACAAGACAUUGUAGAAACAAAAUGACCACUUAAUUUCCUAUAUUAAAUCUAAAGAAAAUCUGUUUUAAGCUCAAAUCAAUUUGGGGUUAAGAAUAAAUUAUACUUUUAUAAAGAAGUCACUUUGCCCAUUUUCUUUAACCCACAUUCCAACAUAAAACUUGUCAUUUCAAAGAAACUUUCUAAAACCUUCAAACGGUGAACACUUCUUUGUUAACAUACAAGUAUAUACACCAAGUUAUUGUUAUUUGAAAUGUUUGCUUGAACUUAUAGGCCACAUACAGAUAAAGAACUUAUGUCCCUUUACUUUCAUUUGUCUUUAAGUAAGACUUUGCUCAGUGCCAAGUGAUAACGGUCAUGUAACCACAACUCUAAACUGGUGAUUUCUUACAACUACCAUGCUGGAUAAAAGUGAUAUCAGCUGAUAUACAUGUGAAAUCCACACCGACUUUAAACAGAAAGGGACAUUUUCUGUUCAAUUGUAAAUCUGUCAUCAGUGAGGCAGAUCUGUGUUCAUUGUUUUCCGUCUUUCUAACUUGUAAACCUCAUUUCUGAAUGUAACAUUUCUUAACAUGUUGAAACUGAGACACGUGUUUAUGUUAUUUAUUUUAAUGUGAAGCCCUGGUUGGCAAUAAUCUUUUUAUGUAUGAUUUCAUGUAAGUAGUUUUAAGAUGUUUUUAUUUAUUUCAAUAUGUGAGAGGAUAAACUCUCUACUGCCCUAACUUUACUCAAACUUAUUUAGAGACCUAAAUAAAUAUUUUACUUUGUGUAAAAUAUCCCGUAUAGUAUUCAUUUGUCUGGCAUGUUAUUCUGCAGUUACACAGCAGCAUCGUUUUUCUGACGUGGACAAAUGAUGACAAUUUGAAACUUCCAAUCUCUUUUUUUAAGAUUUUGGUGAAUUUGUUAUAUCCGCUGAAUAUGAUAUGUGUUUGCUGACUGUGGGCUGUGUUUCGUCUUUAGCACUCUUGUUUCCUUAAGAUGUGCAGUAUACCCUUUACAUCCACUAUCUGUGUUAUGAUGUGGCUGUCAAGUGAACAAUUGUCUUUUUACUUGAAUUUGGAUGAGAAUUGUUGGAUUUGUCAUAUAGAAGGAUCACAAUAAAAGUUUCAAAUACUCA